UUCCGACCUAAAUUUAAGAACAGAGGCCCCACGCAUUCAAAAAUCCAAAGGGCUCUAAUGGAAAAAAGGGAAGAAUUAAUUUCGAUCCUUCCAUUUUUGCCCGUGGUGCUUCAGUCUUCUUCUCUGUUAUGGCCUUCUCAAGUUGUUGAAGGUCUUAAAGCUCUGUCUAGAGGUCCCGAGCACAGCGAGGUAGACUCUGGAGAGGUCCUCUUCCUUGCCAUCUCUGAUCUCCGGGACUCUCUUUGUCUCUCCGAAAGUUUAGCGGUUUCAGCCGCCGAAGGUUAUGCCCUUUUCUUCGACGAGCUUAUGUCCCGUGUUGAAUCGAGGAAAUGGUUUUCGGAGGUCCUUCCAUCAUUGGCAGCUUUGCUGUUGCGGUUGCCUUCUUUGUUAGAUAUUCAUUAUCAAAAUGCUGAUAAUCUUCUUGGUGGAGUCAAAACUGGUCUUCGCAUAAUAGGUCCACAGGAAGCAGGCAUUGUGUUUCUCAGUCAGGAACUGAUCGGUGCACUUAUUACAUGCUCCUUCUUUUGUUUGUUUCCAAUCACUAAUAGAGAUGCCGAAGAUCUUCCAGACAUCAACUUCAACCAUUUGUUUGCGAGCAUUUAUACCAAUUAUAGUGAGAGUCAAGAACAUAAGAUAAAGUGCAUAAUACACUAUUUUGAGAGGAUUAGUUCAUGCAUGCCAACGGGCUGUGUCUCAUUUGAGCGGAAGCUUCUUUCUGGGAAACAUGUUCCUUUUUCUGUUUCUUACCCCGACACCGAAUUCUGGAGCAAAUCUGCCAUUCCUCUCUGCCAUUUUGAGGUUUCACAUUCGGGACUAAUUGAAGAUCAGUUAUGUGAGUCUCUUGAAGUUGAUUUUGCCAACAAGUACAUUGGAGGUGGUGCUCUUCGAAGGGGCUGUGUACAGGAAGAGAUCCGUUUCGUGAUCAAUCCUGAAUUAAUUGCUGGCAUGCUUUUCUUGCCUUGCAUGGCUGACAAUGAGGCUAUAGAAAUUUUUGGUGCUGAAAGGUUUUCGAAUUAUACAGGGUAUGCCUCUUCUUUCCAUUUUGUGGGCGACUAUGUGGAUGAAAAACCAGUAGAUUUCAUGGGCAGGCAGAAAACAAGGAUUGUUGCAAUUGAUGCAUUAUGCAGCCCAGGAAUGAGACAGUAUAGACCUGAAUGCCUCCUCCGGGAGACUAAUAAGGCAUUCUGUGGAUUUUUCGAUCAAUCAAAGCAGCAUCUGUACCAGGAAACAUUUCAAGUGGAAGCAUUUUGUGGGGAUAAGAAUGCUCAGGAAUUUGAAAGCCAUAGUGGCAAGGCUGGGAGUGUCCAGAUGGACAGACCUCUUUCCUCUCCUGAGGGACUAAAUGAUGGAGCAUCUAUAGCUGAAUUGAUUAAUAAAUCUCAUAUCGAGCUGAGUAGGCAGUCUAAAGACCCACAAGAUGAUAUUGGGAUUGUAACAGGAAAUUGGGGCUGUGGUGCUUUUGGAGGAGACCCUGAACUUAAGAGUAUAAUUCAGUGGCUUGCUGCUUCACAGUUUGUGAUGCAGAGCUUAGUAUAUACCUGUUUAAGAAGAAGAAUCAAGACCCCAUUUGAGGCCCAUUGGUUUAAGGCAUUUAGACCUUUCAUUUUGUAUUGUACAUUUGGAGAAGAGACCUUGCGGAAUAUGGAACAGGUGACCCAAUGGAUACUGUUACAUGAAUGGACGAUCGGAGAUCUAUGGAACAUGUUAUCAGAGUACUCAUCUCAGAGAUUGAAGAGAAAAACCAAUACUGGUUUCUUUACUUGGCUCCUUCCUUCUUGACUACAUGUUGCUCUUUGAUGUCUAAUGAAAAUUGUGAAUCAGGAUGAUCUUCAGAUUAAUGACAGA